UCAAAUUUGCUAUAAAACAAAAUGUUAAAUAUUUUACGUAAAGCUCAAUUAGUGAACUAAAUUGACUGAUAAGCGUCAGAACUUCAUGUUUGAACAUUUGCUCUUGAUUGACAGUCGAUGGCCUCCCAAGCAUCACGCCCGAUUUCAGACUAAAACUUAAUACUUGUGUGGAAUUCAUGUGUCAAUCAGGAGUCACCGAGUAUUUCAAUGCUUUCCGACAGCCUCCAGUUGGACGCUCUAUAAUAUAAGAUCGUAAAAGAAAACGGACUUGAGCGUUGUAAAUUAUCGGUAUCCAUACCAAUGUCGUCCCAGUUACGUUCAACAUUCAGGAAUAAUUACUCAGAGCAACUGGAGAAAUUUUUCGCUAACUAUAAACAGCAACCGGUAGUUAAAGCAAAUCGAGCGCUCUACAUAUCCGAUUGCUUCGCCUCUUUUGAACCUGGCGAAAUAAUUAUCAAAGAGCCCAGCAAAUUCUUUCGAACGCUCGAUUCGAAUGUUAACUGUAAUAUCCGUAAGCUUGAACGUCGCUGUAGAGAGCAGAGCGCGCUAAGCGCUAACAAAGCGCUGGAGCAAAAGAAUUCCGAGAUCCCUUCAAUCCAGAACUUCUUCAUUAAAAAACAGGCUAGCGAUGCCGUUUGUGGUUCUGAGCAACGUGCUUGUUCUGCAACAAAUCUAACUACCGCGCAUUCAACUAAUCGUUUGCCAGUAACAGCACUCAACAGCAAAGACUCUAACAAGACCGCAGUCGAUGAUGACGCCAUAUUCGAUAACCUUCCGUCGUCGCCACCAGCGACGCGUUUACAUGACACUCUGCAGACAACAUACGCACAGCAGAGUCAGAAUAAUAAGCAGAUCGUUAGUGGAAGCAUUAUUGACAGUGGAGAUGAGCUUCUAGCGUCUAUCGAAGACGGUUCGUUACCUACAAGAACUGGACCAAAAAGGCCUGUAGCUGAUUCGCCUACCUCCGGCAUACCGCCAAAACGCGCUCGAAUCAGCGAUUUUAUCGAUAAAGAAAAGAAUGAAUUAUUCAAUCUCUCCGAAGAUGACGAACAACUUAGAACAGAUAAGGUUCCAAGUAACGGAAAAUCUUUAAAGAGGGUCAGUUGCAACCCCGACCCUACAAGUUCAGAUUCUGAUAUCGAGCUUGUACCGCUUGCUUCUAGAAUACCCAAAAGCGCUUUGCGACAGCCUUUAAAAAAGAGCCAUUUACCAAGUGAAACCAAUAACAGAAGUGGUAGAGACCAUACUUCAGACGUGCAAAUUAUUAAAACGGAAUGUAAAACUAUUGCGCCGUCUAGAGAUCAAGCCUCUAAGCGCGUGAUUUCAAUACUCGAUUCUGACGAAGAAGUGGAUCUCGAUUAUGAAACAUUGCUUAAGAACCAGCCAUGUCUAAGUAGUCGACAUGGGACAACAGAGAGAGACGAGAUUGGUGUUGAGAAGAGAUUUGGAAUACAGGCUGCACAUCCUCUUUUGCCCGCGAAACGUGACUGUACUCCGAACUUAUGUGUUCUUGAUUCGGAGAGCUCAAACGAUGCUGAAGUUAAAAACCGACCGAACCAAACCUUUAAAACUGAAUAUGUUCUCCCGAAUGAAAUGCCCACAUCGGGCAUUAGUAGUCCUCAUCAAGAUACUCGCGACCGUUUUCAGACCGUGUCUACUCAACAAUUGACUUCAAGUUCUCGUUUUUUGGAUUCUGAGGGUUUAAAAAACGUUAACUGUUCAAUUAGACAGGAACCCAAAUGCCAUAUCGGAGACACUUCUGAUGAUGAAGUAUCUUUAGCAGAGCGUAAUAAUAUUACCCGAGAUACCCCUAAGAGCUUCAUAUUUCCAUCAGCACUGAAAUCAUCUGAUGUCGAGCAAUAUGACUACAAACUGGAAGAGCUAAUACGUAGCGACUAUUCGAAGAUGAUAAUAGUCUGUCGGGAACUUAUUAACAAUGGAGUGAUCACACCAGAGGCCAAGAGGGCUCUCAAGGAGCACCAAGAGCUACGCCUUCAAAUUGAAGAAAGGAGUACCCCAGCAAGGCCUAAGACACGUUUUUCGUUUUCAAAAACGCCAAAUGAAGGACCAGUCCAGUCCCUAGGCACGGACAUCGACGUUACACACAUGGGAAUUUCGGAGAACCCAGCAAAGGUUGAACGAGCAUCAAGUAGACCCUCUGUAGUUUUGGGACCUACGUUAUCGCAGGACUCCAUAGAUCCUGUAAACAGCCAUGAAAACCAUCAGAACGAUACAAGCGGCGACGAUUAUCCCGUACUGGCUCCACUGAGUGUGAAACUCGUCCAGAAAAUGGAAAAAAGAGCUUUUACAGCUUUGCCUGCGAAACCUCAGCCUGAACCAAAAGUAGAGCCGGCUGCUGUGAUAAGCCCAAACAUCGAGUGCGGAGUACCGGGCACAUGUUCUGAGAAAUUAUCUCAGACAAAUUUUUUCUCAUCCGACGACGAGCUCCUGUUCAGCACCGAAGAUGACAAACAGAACAACACAGUGUCAUCGUCGUUGCAGCAAGAUGAAAUGCAACUUCGAGGGAAAUUUUCAGGAGAUUCGAAAGAUGAUGGGGCAACCGGCGAAUUUGAUGGUGACACGUAUCAUUUUUCCAAUGACAUGCGAGAAAAAUUUGAGAAUAUUUUUGGGUUAAAGGCUUUCCGUCAUAACCAGAAACAAGCGAUUAAUGCCACGCUUCUUGGCCAUGAUUGUUUCAUCCUUAUGCCCACAGGUGGAGGAAAAAGUUUGUGCUACCAGUUGCCUGCGGUCUGCUCCCCUGGAGUGACUCUGGUCGUUUCUCCUCUCAAGUCACUUAUACAUGAUCAGACGAACAAGCUCACUGCGCUGGGAAUUCCCUCUGGUUAUCUCACAUCCGAGGACGAUGGCAGUAAUGGAAAUGACACCGAUAUUUAUGGAGAUUUACACAGUGUUGAACCGACCUUAAAGCUCCUUUACGUGACACCCGAAAAAUUGGCUGCCUCGAAGAAGCUUCUGUCUGUCCUACACCAUCUGCAGAAGCGUAAUCGCCUGGCACGAUUCGUUAUUGAUGAGGCACACUGCGUUUCUCAUUGGGGACACGAUUUUCGGCCAGAUUACCAGAAGCUGAGUGAAUUACGGAAACGUUACCCUGGCAUACCAAUGAUGGCUUUAACGGCUACUGCUAGUCCGCGCGUUCGUCAGGACAUUUUGGUUCAGUUACAGAUGAAGCAGCCUAAGUGGUUCUUACAAAGCUUCAAUAGGACUAAUCUGCGUUACGAAAUUGUGCAAAAUCCUAAAAAACCCGUGGUCGACGAGAUCAUCGAGAUUAUAAAAAAGAAGUUCAAAAACAAAUGUGGAAUUGUGUACUGUUUAUCUCGCAAGGACUGCGACGAUACUGCUGCAAGGCUAAUGACGGCCGACAUCUCUGCCAUCAGUUAUCAUGCAGGAAUGGAUCCCCGAGAACGAAACCAAGUCCAAGAUAUGUGGAUCAACGGUGAUAAGGACGUCGUUUGUGCUACUAUUGCAUUUGGUAUGGGCAUAGACAAAGCUGAUGUUCGCUUUGUUAUUCAUGCGACACUACCGAAGUCCGUGGAGGGCUAUUACCAGGAAACGGGCCGCGCUGGACGAGACGGUCUCCCAUCCGAUUGCAUUCUAUAUUUCCGUAUGGCGGACUACAUCAGGUGGCGCAAGUUGAUAGAAAAGGCAAAGGAGACGUCGUCACUGGAAUCAAGGAACACCCAUUAUGCUAACUUAUGGAUAAUGACCCGUUUUUGUGCUAACGAAAUCGAUUGCAUACGCCACCAGAUACUUAAAUACUUUGGAGAAGACUUCGGUUCAAAGUUCUGCGAAUCUAACCUCAGGGUGUCUUGCGCCAAUUGCAGCAGACGAAGUAAGUCAAAAAUCGAAGAAGUUGAUUGUACUCAAGAAGCUCGCCAUCUUUUGGAGUUAAUCGAGAAAAAGAGCUGCAAUAAGCAGCACUCAUUUAUCACCCUACUGGUUCUUAUUGAUGUCUUCAAAGGGGCAAACAGUCGGAAAAUCCGGUGUGACAAUCUCACUUCAGAAGCAGCCUAUGGACUGGCUAAACAGCGACUCGUCAGUAUAGACAAGACUUUACCAGAGAAGCUCGUCAAUAGACUCGUCAUUGAAGGCUAUCUGAAGCAGUUUGUAGUUGAAACAAAGCAUGCGGAUGCUGCGUACCUUGUCUUAGAAAAUAAAGGCCGGGUGUUUCUGCGGCAAGCAGGCUCGAAGCUAACCGUGAAAAUCCUGAAACCCAACAAAGCACUGGUGCCUUUAGACGUACCCCGGAAGCAAAAUGCGCUUUCAGAAAUGUCUGCCAUCAUCAAGAAAAACUGUAUGGACUGCCUUAUCACGGAAGCGAAAGCAAUUGGCCGGGAAAGAGGAAUGUUCAACUAUACACAUCUUUUUUCUACUGAGAAUCUUCGGCUGCUCUCGGAAGUUUUGCCGCGCGACUUGGAGACUGCUCGUCGUCAUGUGUCACUAUCAGAAGUAUUAUGGAGAGAUUAUGGCGAGCGUCUCCUUAAAAUUACUCGCAGCUUUUCUGCCAAGCUAGAAAUAGCCGACCUAGAUUUUUCGACAGACGACGAUGAGAAAGACACAGGCGUAGGAAACGACACCUGGGACGGGCCCCCUCCCGAAGGGGCUAUGACGAACAACCCUACCUGGAGUGGGCGUUCUUUCAGCCGAGGCGAUCGCAGUCGUCAGGGUGGACGUUUGUAUAAAACGUACAAAAGCCGACUUGCGAAAGGAACCAAACAAGGCUCAUUAUUGUCAACGCAUGCCAGAGCAAAGAGAAGAGGUCAAGUAAAAAAACAAAAAGCGAAACUUAAUUCUGACGGUGUAGAUAUGACCAACGUGCGAACAGGAAAUCCACUCUCUGGCGUUAGAUUGAUGAAUGUUCCCGGCAAUCGUCCUUGGAGUUGAUGUUUAAUGAUUGACAAUUACUAGUACGAUACCCGCUCAAAGCAAUACGCGAUUCUCUAAUGUUGUAAGGUCCUUCAAGUUGUCCUAAAACUCGCUAGAUAGAACAGCCAUUAUUGCUAGCGUAUGUGAUCGCAUUUACAUCCCUUAAAAAUGAUAGAUUCGCAUCGAUUUUAUAGUGUGUUUCAUUUUUCAGAAAUUGAAAUGCUAAAAAUGAUCUCUCAUAUGAUGCGAGCAACUAGAAAAGAGGGAUUUAUAAUAUACUUAUGUUUACAUCCACUGGUCGUUUAUGGCCUUAGUUGUUAAUGCUAUGCGGAUCAGUAGAUAUCGGAAUGUUGAUAGAACAGUUGGUUAGAUGUGGCAAACAGUUAUUAUAAUUAAUUGACUAAUAGAUUAUGACCCUUACGGUCAUACUAAGCGAAAAUACUUAAGUCUAGAAAAAUCAAAAAUGCAAGUAAUCGAGGAAUAUAUCAAGGCCUACCUAACGUGAUGUGUUUCCGGGAUAUGACCAAUAUCAAUCAAAAUUAUUUUAGUUCUUGUUAAUUUGUUGUGAUAUAAUUGUGUUUCGCGUAAUGCAUCUAGGAUGUUCCGUGAAACACAGUAGCAUAGAUUUUGUAAUCUGUAAAAAUGUAAAUACAUGCAAUUUAGAUACAGCUUAGAUACAGAAGGUUGUUUAUUUCAUUAGUAACAAACUGUAAUGGAGUAUGCGUACCUUAGAAAAUAAUACUGUAGCACUCGAAACGUCGUCAGAGAUAACGGAACAAUCCUUACGGCAAUAGUAAGUGUUUAUCAUCAUAGGUGAAUCAGGGACGUAUUUAUGUACCUACACCAUUCGUCCUAUAGUGAGAGGAACUCUCUCACUAUCAGCCUUUUGAACACUACUAGAUCAAAAAGUAGGCGAUUUGGUUCUACAGAGCCUGGACAUGUGGUUAUUAUGGCAGGCCUUGUCGUUUUACAUGCAUUUGCUGAAUGCCGACGUUUUGGAAAAGAACAACGCUUCACGGAGCUAUAUUAAGGCACCAUAGGCGUUAGGCUUUGCGCAAAAAAGGACGACACAAAUAACGGCGCUUGACUCAGUGCAUUUUCGUGGUUAAGAACCUAUGACUUGGUCUCUUAAUGUUCAGGCUUGAUUUCGCAAAUAAGUUCAGGUAAUAUUUUCUAAUGGCAAUAACACCACUCUCUCCUCUCACCUUCUUAACUAUCGCAAAACGUAGUGAGGCCUUGUCUUUGAUUUGGUUGUUGCAGUUUUCUGCGGUCAGGGCUCGCUUGUGAAGCAAUAAUCAGACAGUUAUUCCCACUUCAGCCAUAUACAUCAUGUCGGCUGUUGCAACAAAUUCUGCAGAUCCACCAGUGCUCUAAUCUAAGUGAUUAGACGCUGGACCUAGAUACAUCUAAGUAGAGAAGCGUACAUAACAAGUUGGUUCUCAAGUGACUUGCCGCCUUGUCGUCUUUAUUUAUAAACAUCAUCACCUCUAUCAUAAAAGUAUAUAAACAUAUUUUUUAAUUAGCAUCUGCGUUCUGCAUAUCGUUUUAGUCCGAAAUUGAAUCGUAAGAUAUCGCUGCGGGCGUUACGGACGUUAUCUAGGAGGUGGCCCAUGGCAUAAUCGAGGUUAUUCCAGUCUUCUUACUCAAAUCCGUAAAAGGCAGAGUCACAUUGCGGAGUGGCAACCCCGAUAUGAAGCGCUAUAUGCGAUGUUCCUUUCCGUCGGUUAUCGGUUAGUUCUCCAACGCACUGAUGAAACGGCUUGGUAACAAUGUUCAUUGCGACCAUUCGCUAACGAUGUCUGCAAGAUCAUGGCUACCCAAAAUCGAAGGGGUACGCAUUAGUUAUCCAAAUCAUGCCGCCUCCAUUUCCAAUGUUUCAUAAUUCCGAAAUUAGUGAGGGAUAUUCAGUUUCUAUACCGCUUAUGCAACGGGCCUUCAAAAGCGAAACUAUCGUAAUGACAAUGCGAUACUUGUAAUAUACCCUAACCGAGUACCACUAAUUGAAUUUUAUUAAAAUGGAAGGACCGAGACAUCCACAUGGAGCAAGACCAACAGACAGGGUAUGAGUUGCAACGCAUUUGUAAGCAAGCUCAUGAGUAUUAGUACUACAAAAACUACUACAAAACGGUACGUCGUAUAGGAGAGCGCUGUUGUUAAGCUUUAAACACAAUGAACAGUUGACUAGGAAGCUGGAAAAUCUACCGCUGGCAACCAAUAUGCAUGUGCGCUUUUCAAGUCCAGCGCGGAUCCCACAAAAUCAUAAAGAUCUGCGUCAUGAGCCUAGAGCUUUUCGCGCGUGAAACGGUGCAAACAUACAAACGGAACGAUAGUAACAGAGAAAAUUGCACUCAGACUACGGUGCAUAGAUUUAACCAUAAGCUUUGGUUCAUAAUUUGAUGACAAACCGGAAAAUGUGUAUGCAAAAGAUGUGAAUAAUUGCUCUCGGUUAUCAAAGUUCCGUGUCAGAACUAACAAAUACGGAGCAAUAUAGACUUUGCUAUAUGUGUACGUGCAUGACGAUUAUUCUGUACUAUGCCGAUGUAGCGCGCUGUCCAUUGUAGUGUAUCACUUUGCUGUAUCAUAUUUUUCUGAGAAGACGAAUGGUUUUGCUAUAAAUAACAUAUAUUAGAAUUAACUAUACUUAGAAACAAACAUACUAAUUGUUGUGCUCUUGGUGUUUCAUUUAUGUUUCAUCAUUAAUUCAUGUUUGUUUCAUUUUCUUUAAUUUCUUCCUGUUCUGAUUUUGGCCACUCGCAUAUACAACUAUACUGUCAUGUAUUCCCUUUUUUUGAAUUUUCGUUUACGUAUAGUUGUGUUAACAAUGUGUCAAUGAAAGUUUUUUUUCAUUUGAAUUACUAAUGGUACCCUUUGGGGAGAUAGUUUUAAUUUUUUUGGACUUUUAUUUAUUUUUAAACACCUGAGCGCUUAUAGGAAGGAAUACUUAGGAUUGCGCCCGCCAUACAAACUGGGGUCGAAGAUUGUUAAUGGGGCAGGUCAAUCGAUGUGCAGUCGAGUUAAUCUAGAUUGUUUACUGUGGAUUCGAAAGGCAUGGCACACAUAGCCCUGUCUUCUGCUCUUGCGCAUUAUUACACUUCGACCACCCUCACUCAAUAGACUUCAACGACCAGGUGCAAACGGUUCCAAGUUACAGUGAUAAUUUCAGUAUACGACUUAACGUAGCUAGCGGUAAACUUGCCUCUACCUUGUCGUUAUUGGUGCCCGAAAAUAAAAAAGACCAAUUCGUUUGGAGACAAUACUCCGCACCUAUUUUAAGUGAAAUUUUCAGAUAAUGAAAUUUCUUCUGGAAUAUAUAUUGUAUGCCUUAAAAGGUAUCUAUCUAGAGAAAUAACAAUAAUAAUACUUAAACGGCAUAACUAAUAUGUGGUUGUGAGCUUUACUGUAGUUAACAUGUCAUUCAAAGCUCAUCUAAAACUUGAAGCAUACUAAAUGACAAGUCAACAUGCCGAAAGUAAUUUUUCGCUACUCAUAAGCAUAUGGCUAAUUACAAGAAAACUUUCUGUUUCAAAGAAAUAUGAUGUUAUAUUGCGGAACUCGAGUAAGCAAUCUUUGCCUUUGAGAAUAGUGCAUGCUAUAAUAUUAUGUAAUCAAAUAUAUGUAAGGUAAUGUUAUGGUAUAGUGUAGGUCGCAUUAGUUUUCAAUCAACAUCUUAACUCUUUUAAAUUCAGAAAAUCGAUGCACUCUGUAAUACUUCUUGGUUACUUUGUAAUUUGUUUUUAUAUGCAUGGUUGGAAGUAAAGUUUACUAACUGGGUACUCCGAUAUAUGCUUGCCUUCUAUCUAACCUAAGGCUUAAGGAUUCCUGAUGCACUAUCCGUACGAAGUAUGACUUCGAUGGUUAUGACCAACAUCUUGGGCAGUUUUAUGGACUCUCUGUGAGUUUCUAGUAGAAGCGGGCGCAAUGUUCCCCCCCUUUUUUGCAAAAAAGAACAGCAGUGAGCAGGGUAAUUUGGUGAUUCAAUAGAUUUAGUAAGAUGCAGCGAUAUUAAAGCGUAUUUGAAUGGCAGAAAACUUUGCCGGUAGAUAGAGAUAUAAAAUAGUAACUAUUUGUCGUGUUCGGAUCGGACGUUGCCCCAAAAUAUGAAACACAAUUACUACAUUAGCUCCUCUAUGUGACGUUGUUUCUCGUACCAGAUAUAGUAACUCAACUCGUUUUUUUUUUAAAAAUAGAGCCAUAUUAACUUUUGUAUACCAUGAUACGUUUCGUAUAUCGUUCGAUUUGAUUAUGGCUACACAAUGAAUGACCUUGGAAUCUGCCCUUUGAUUUGAUUCAAGAAGUCCUCUAUUUGAUUUUUGAGAAAUAUUUCAUUUGUUUUUAAAAAUGUUUUUAG